AUGGCUCACAUACAGUACGUCGACGGAUUGAUUCGUGAAUAUAUUUUAUUUCGUGGCUUUUCCAACACCCUCAAAGUGUUUGACAAUGAGCUGAAGAGUGAUAAAGACAAAAACUUUCGGGUGGACAAGGUGAUCGAACAGAUACUGCUGCUGAUACACAAUCACGACUUGGGUGGAUUGCGUGAGCUGUGGGCCCAUUUAAAUAAUCAUUUGUUUCGUAAUUUGGAGCACCAUUUCGCCACCGCCGUAAAUAAAUUGGAACAAUCGGUGCUGAAAUUCUACCUCAUUGUGGCUUACACAUCCAGCAAGACCGAUAAAAUAACGGAAUUUUUCACCAAACUUUCAACCGAGCUUGUCAGCCAGAGCGAAUGGAAGGAGUGGUUCUUUUUCCCGUUCUGCAAAAACCCCGAGGAACAUGCAGCAUUCGCCGUCUGCUUCACCAAACAAUGGCAGGACACGCUGCUCAUAUCGCUGCAUAACUUCCUGUCCACCAUCUACCAGUGCAUGCCGCAGCCCAUCAUUGCGAAGGCCGAAUCCGAGGGUUGUCUCAUCAAAAAGUUACAGGAAGAGAAUGGGCUGUUGCGAGGCAAGCUGGCCUCCAUCCAGCAGCAACAACAGCACCUACAACAGUCAGCCGGAUCCGGCAGUCACCAUUCCCGAUUGAGUGGAGCAUUGUCUUCAGGGGGAGGAGGAGGAGGUGCAGAUCAACGGCUUACUGCUGACGGAAGAAUCAAAUACUCUACGCGACCAUCGUCCAGUAUGCUUUCGCUGAACGAUCUGCAACCGUUUGGCAUUCCACCGCCGACGCAUAUCGUGGACGAUUUCUACAUAAUUGCACAGGAAUCGAACAGCAUCGGUGGUGCGGCCGAAAAUCAAGCUCGGGGGUUAAAAUCAUUGAUCCGGAAUAUUGGUUCCGGUGGGAGUCCGGUGCUUGGGCGACGUGAUGCAGCUCAUGAGCGGAACAAGAAGCGUUCCGGUAGCGUCGGUAGCCGGGGCAAUUGGAUUUAUAGCUAA